AUGGAGAUUCCAGAUGUGAGGCUUCCUGGGCAGAACAACUGCAUCCCGCUGGUCGACCCCUUCACCAGCGAGAGCCUGGAUGUCUCCACCUCGGUGCAACACCUCAUCUCACUACACCGAGCCGUCAUGGUGGUCCUACCCCUGAGCCUGGUCCUGCUUGUGUGCGGUUGGGUCUGUGGGCUGCUCAGCUCCCUGGCCCAGAGCGCGCCUCUGCUUCUCUUCACUGGCUGCUACUUCCUGCUGGGGGGUGCCCUGACCCUGGCAGGGGUCAGCGUCUACAUCAGCUACUCGAACUUGGCCUUCACAGAGACGGUGCGGCAGUAUGGCCUACAGCACGUGCAGGGCGUCCGUGUCAGCUUCAGCUGGUCCGUGGCCCUGGCCUGGGGCUCCCUCGCCUCGGAGGCUCUCAGUGGCGCUCUGCUGCUCACAGCAGCAUGGGCCCUCAGCCUGAGCUGGCAGCCAGGCCCCCCACCCUGUGGGCGUCUGAGUCCUCAGCAGGCGGGCAGGGCGGGGGAGAGGGUUGUUUCCCUUUGUGUCUCCUGGGAUGGGUGGUCAGAGCCCAAGCCCCUCGAGAGGCUACUGGCGGGAAGCCGGGAGACCCUUUCAUGGGCUCUUUAG